GCCGGGGCGGUGGAGGCGGCCGUGGUCCCGCAGCCUCCGCUCCGGACCGGGCCGGGCCGCCGCCAUGGCGCUGGUCACGCUGCAGCGUUCGCCGACCCCCAGCGCCGCCUCCUCCGCCAGCACCAGCGAGCUGGAGGUUGGCAGUGAUGAGGAACGUAAAUUAAAUGUGAGCCUGAGCGAGAGCUUUUUCAUGGUGAAGGGUGCAGCCCUUUUCUUACAGCAAGGCAACAGCUCCCAGGGCCAGCGAAGUCUCCAGCAUCCUCACAAACAUGCAGGUGAUUUGCCCCAGCACCUCCAGGUGAUGAUCAACCUCCUUCGUUGUGAGGACAGGAUCAAACUGGCUGUACGUUUGGAGAGCGUGUGGACAGAGCGGGUGCGGUACAUGGUGGUUGUGUACAGCAGUGGGAGGCAGGACACAGAGGAGAACAUCCUGCUGGGGGUGGAUUUCUCCAGCAAGGAGAGUAAAAGCUGCACUAUUGGGAUGGUUCUUCGGCUGUGGAGUGAUACUAAAAUCCAUCUUGAUGGUGAUGGAGGCUUCAGUGUGAGCACAGCUGGCAGGAUGCACAUCUUCAAGCCAGUGUCAGUGCAAGCCAUGUGGUCUGCUUUACAGAUCCUCCAUAAAGCCUGUGAAGUUGCAAGAAGGUACAACUACUUCCCUGGGGGGAUGGCCUUGGUCUGGGCCACCUACUACGAGAGCUGCAUCAGCUCAGACCAGAGCUGCAUCAAUGAGUGGAAUGCAAUGCAGGACCUGGAGUCCACCCGCCCCGACUCCCCAGCCCUCUUUGUUGACAAGCCAACUGAAAGGGAACGCACUGAACGGCUCAUUAAAGCCAAACUCCGGAGCAUCAUGAUGAGCAAAGACCUGGAAAAUGUGACUUCUAAGGAGAUACGAAACGAGCUGGAGAAGCACAUGAACUGCAACUUGAAGGAAUUCAAAGAAUUUAUAGACAAUGAAAUGCUGCUUAUCCUGGGUCAGAUGGACAAGCCUUCUCUGAUUUUUGAUCAUUUAUAUCUGGGCUCGGAGUGGAAUGCUUCCAACCUUGAGGAGCUGCAGGGCUCGGGCAUUGACUACAUUUUGAACGUGACCAGGGAAAUUGAUAACUUUUUCCCUGGUUUGUUUGCCUAUCACAACAUCCGGGUGUAUGAUGAGGAGACAACAGACCUGCUGGCUCACUGGAACGAAGCCUACAACUUCAUCAACAAGGCCAAGAAGAAUCACUCCAAGUGCCUGGUGCACUGCAAGAUGGGUGUCAGCCGCUCGGCCUCCACCGUCAUCGCCUACGCCAUGAAGGAGUUCGGGUGGUCCCUGGAGAAGGCCUACGGCUACGUGAAGCAGAAACGCAGCAUUGCCAGGCCUAACGCCGGCUUCAUGAGGCAGCUCCUGGAAUAUGAAGGGAUUCUGGAUGCCAGCAAGCAACGCCACAACAAGCUGUGGAAGCAGCAGGCAGAGAGCAACCUCCCCCAGAACACAGAUGGAACCACGGGCUCGGGCAGCUUCCUGCUGGAAAGCUUGGACAUUGACCUGGAAAACCGCCUGGCAGAGCUGGACAGGGCUUCCCAGGCAGCGUUUCUGGACAACCGCGCCGUCCCCACCGUCCCCGUGGGCUUUGGUUACUGCUUCCAGCGCCUGUCGGACACGCUGCUGGAGAACAAGAUCCCUGGGGACAGGGAGGGCUUUUUCCCCGUGGAAGAGCUGGAACGGGAUGCUCUCGGGGAGCAUGGUGCCUCACUGGUGAGACAACCUCCUCCUGCCGCUCCCCAGACAGCCAAAGGCCCCGAGACUGCGGAGCCACCGGCGGAGCUGAGCAGCUUCACUGAGAAGGAGGUGAAGAAGAAACUGGAGUUCAGCCCCAGGAAGGGCAGGAUGGUGCUGGAGCCUGGGGAGGAUGGUGUGCGGGAGGAACACCCGAUGGAGAAGUGGAAGAGGCGUUUGUCCACGCACAAGGAGGAGAGCAGGCUCAAUAGGGAGAACCUGAACAACAACAACAGCAAAAGGAGCUGCCCGGAGGAUUUUGAGCACGAUGCCGUGUUUGGGAUCCUCAGCAAGGUCAAACCUUCCUACCAGUCCUGCACUGACUGCAUGUACUCCUCCUCAGCCAGUUUGUCUCCUGACUCCUUCGGGGAGCAGUGUGAGAAGCUGAACCCCGGCACGGCGCGACGCCCCGCCACCAUCUGCACCCAACCAGCACUCCUCUCCCACAUCAACUCCAGCCUGGGGGACCACCUGCCCAGCAAGGUGCUCACAGAGGAAGCCAUCAGAACUAAAAAUAACGAGGCUCCCCUUCCUCUGCCAGCAGGAACUGGUGCUUUGGAGGUGGGAGCUUGCAAAUCUCUUGAUCGGCACUGCAGCGUUUUGGAGAAAGGAAAAGAUGCCCCCAAAACCCUGGCCAAAACUCUGCUGCCCAGGAGAAACUCACACUGUGAGAAGAGACUCCUUAACACAGAGGUGGUAAAAGAAGAGUCUCUAGCCAGAAAAGACAACAAACCUACCAAGGAUCUGAAGUACUUGUUGUUCAGCAAAGACUUGGAAAAGCCAAGUGCAAACAGUUACUUGAUGCAGCAUCAGGAGUCGCUCAUUCAGCUGCAGAAAGCGGGCUUGGUUAGGAAGCACACCAAGGAGCUGGAGAGGUUGAAAAGCCUGCCCUCAGACACCUCGGUGCUGCUCAGAGAGAACCCCCUGAGCAGGGUGGACUCAGGCAUUGUGGAGGAAAGUGAGGAUUUGAUUGCACACCACAGCCUGGUGCCUCUUCUGGGAGCAGCACCCUUGAUACCCCAGGAAGCAGAAAACACCGUGGAGAAGUUAGAGGUGAAGCGCGCCUUGGAGGGGAUCUCUCCAAAAACCUCCAUGCCCGUUGUCUGCCGCCUGGAACACACGAGCAGUUUCACCAAGGACUUCCUGAAAACCAUCUGCUACACCCCCUCCUCCUCCAGGAGCUCCAACUUGACCCGGAGCUCCAGCAGUGACAGCAUCCACAGCGUGCGGGGCAAGCCCGGCUUGGUGAAGCAGCGAACGCAGGAGAUCGAGACCCGGCUGCGGCUGGCGGGCUUGACUGUGUCUUCUCCUCUGAAAAGGUCCAAUUCCCUGGCCAAGCUGGGGUGUCUCGACUUGUCCUCUGAGGAUUUAUCAAGUGACAUGGACGUGUCAACCAUAACGGACUCCAAGGAGGCUGUUUCCAGCGAGUCUUCCGUGCUCUGCGAGCCGCAGCCCGCGCUGAGGAGCGCAGAGGUGGCCUCCAAACUGGCAGUGAAGUCACUGGUUGGAAACUUGAAGAACACACUUUGGAUGGGCAAAAGUUGAUGCCUUCUAGGGGGGGGGAAGUCGGGUGGAUUUGGGGGUUUUUAUGGCAUUGAUUCGUUGCACCAAUACAGUUUUAUCACCUGACCUGCAGUAGUUCAUCUGACGCCACCUCUGCAUCCCCUCCUUGUACUCUAAGUAAGGAGAAGAAACCCAUAAUGGGUCGUGGUGAAUGGCACAAGGGAAACCAAAAUGUAUUGCAUGGCUUAGAAGAGGACUUGGUGUGACUUUCCUGUUGUCCUGCAGGAUGCUAUCUCUAGUACUGUUUGCCAAGUAUAAUAAUGUGGGUUUGCGUGUGUGUAUAUAGAUAGAUAUUUGUCUCUAUUUAUCUAUCUAUAUAUAUAUAAAAUGCUGAAAUACUCUUUUUCAAAGACUCAAAAGAACUAGUCACAAUUUUCAUUACUUUUUUUUUACAGAACACACACAAGUCUCUGCUUAAAACAGGGCACAUGUGGAAAAAAUCCUUAAAAUGGUGACAUGACCACUACCUCUGUUCUCGCUGACUUUCAGUCUUGGUUUGUUGUUUGUUUGGGGUUGUUUGUUGUUGGGUUUUGGUUUUGUUUUUGGUUUUUUUACAAAAAAAAGGCUUUUCCCACAAUACUUAACUGUUGCUUGAAGGUUUUCCCUUGAUGUUAAGUGUAAAGACCUGGAGGAAGGUGGAGCCCGAGGUGUUGUGAGUGACCUCGGGGAGGCUGUUGAGCUGUGUCCGUGGUGCCUGUGACCUGCUGGUGUUCAUCCAUCCAUCCAUCCAUCCCUCCAUCCUCACAGGGUGACUUGGUGACUCUUCAUAGCCCUGUGUUUGUCCUCAAGUGACACCCAGGCCAUGUCACUGCCACCAGGUCCUGGGAGGAGGUGUCUUGUUCUCUUGGUGUUUGUGCUGUGGUUGUGGUUUGUGUUGUCCCUGUGCCAAUGAUGAGCCUGGCCAGGGAGUGACCUUAGUGAAGCUUUGUGUCAGGCUGUGUCAGUGUCGUGGAUCCUGUGCUGGGGACCUUGCUUCCCCAGCUGGUUGGUGGCACACUGCUGAGGAGGGAUGGCUCCUGGGGUCCCCAGAUCCCCCUGGGCAGAGGGUGAACCUGUGUCUUUCCUAAUCAUUGAUGUUGGGUUGAAUGGUUCCUGAGUCCUGGGUUUGCCAGGAGCUGGGGAGCUGCUGGCCAAGCCCAGGGGGUUAUUUACACUGGGUGACAGGAGGCUGGGUGGCCACAGAGCAGGGAGCUGGGGUGUACGUGUCCCAGCUCUUGCAGAGCUGUCACCAGGGGUGACAGAGGUGUAAAUCUUGCUCUCAGGGGGUGCAUCCCCCGGGGUGAGCAGUCUGACAGAAACACAGACUCAGUCCCAAGACAGAAGGAUGGUGACUGUGAGAUCUCCUCUGGGAGGGACACUGGUGUGACCCUUGGGGAGGACAGCAGGGCUGUGUGUCCUGCAGCAGCCAAGGAAGUGUGUCCCUUCCCACGCUGGAGGUUGGGCUCUCAGGGACUGCUCUCAGCUCCUCCUCUUGCUGUCCUGCUGUGGGAAGUGCUCAAAGCACAGCCCUUCACCCAUGUUGGAUGAAAUGCACGUUUUCUUCAAAACUUUGGGGCAGGCAGCCAGGCCAGGGACUGCUCUGGCUGAGAUGUGCUGGCCAAGAGCUUGAGAAGGGUGUAGGGGACCUGCUCCAAACCUUGGGGCUCCCUGAGUCCCAUCUGAGACCCUGCUGGCUGCUUGUGCCUUGGGGAGGUGUCUUCAAGCAGCUCUGGGGGCAAAACAGCCCUUGGGGAUCAGUGCUGGCAAAAAAAACCCAAAACUUUUGCUCAUUCAGUGAGCCUGAGCUCUCCCACAUUUUAGGUUCUCCAUCCAAAGCCAUUCCUACAAAUCCCCUCCUGGAGGUGGAGGGGAGAGAGCAGGGCUGCAGCAGUGCUGACCCUGAAUUAAUCCCAAACCUGCAGUCCUGAGAAAGGGAGCCAUGUGGUUUACUGCCCUAAACACCCAGAGUUUAUUCUUUUUUUUCUUCCUUAAGCAUCAGCCCCCACAUUUUUCUCUGAAGUGUGAGGAACUGUAGGGACUGGCAAUCAGUCAGUAAAUGUCCCUCCUUAAAAAGCCCAAAACUUGCUGUAGGUGUUCAGCACGAGGCAGGCCUCCUGCUUCACCCCUGAGAGCUGCUUGGAAGCAAAAGCUGCUGCCUGAGGGGACCUUGGAAAAAGUGCACAAGCUUUUUUUUGCUUUUUUUUUGGGUUGGGUCACGUUCAGAGCAGGACUUGAAAUGCUCCAUCCUUGGUGCAAGUCCAGAUCUGCAAUACAUUUCCUAUAUCAGAAAAAUUCCAUUAAGUGAUGCAAGCAAACAUGGAUAUUUCCUUCCUGCUUUCUUCAGUGCCUGCCAAGUUCUGCCAUGGUCAAGCCCCUGCUCUCCAUCAGCUGCUUUCCCCCCCCCAUCCCUCAGCUCUCUCUGGACCACCCCCCUGGGCUCAGGGCUCUGUUGUCACGACACUGUCGGGAUAGUGGUGUGGUUUAGUGGGGGUUGGUCUCAAAGCCAACGUUGUGCCAUUUCCAAGGUUUUUUUGUAGCCAAACCUCAGAUGCUUGCAGACUUCAUUAGCUGUGUUGCAUGAGAAGGUAGAUGUGUUUGUCCUCCCCCUUGUAUUGUAAUUGUUCUUUUACAAUUGAGUGCCUUAAUAAUAGUUUACAAAUACUGUGUAUUUAUGCUGAGCUGUUUGACUCUGCUGGUUGCUGUUCAUUUAUUUGAUCUUUUUUUUUUUUUUCUGGGGGGGGGGGUUUGGUGCUUUUGGUGUUCCUGGUGGCAGUGAGACCAUUACUUCUCCUGCACAUCACCCUCCUGGCCCCAGGGAGCUCAGUGCUGCCAACCCCUUCCCCUCUGCUCUCUGCAGAACCUAAGGGCUGUCCCGAGGCACUGGUGACAACUCUAAGGGCAUGGUCAUGGAAUUCAACAAGUUCUUCUACAACUGGGGAUGAGGCAUCUCCUGGUGUCCCCUUUAUCUCCACCUUGCUGCAAAAACAGGGGCAGGGGGUACCUGAGGGGUGUUUGGUCCCACUUUACUGGGUGUGAAUCCACACCCAGUCCUGUUCUGCCAGAAAAAAAACCACCCAAAAUGCACCAAACUAGCACCUUAUUUCCAGCCCAGGCAUUGCUGGGGUGUCCUAGCAGUAGCUCUGUCCUCCUGGGGGUCCUUUCCCUGCAGGUGGCCUUGGUUGUGUCCCUCUGUCCCCUGCUUUGGGGACACACAGCCCCAGAGAGGAGGAGUGGGUGAGUAAGGUGUAGCUGUUGCCCUGCAUCACUGUACUCCCUGAUAACAAUGAUCCUUUAAUUCCAUGGUGUUUCUUCGUUCUGGUUUUUGUAUUGAAAUCCACAGUAUCUUUUGUACUGUACGUGUGCAGUAGAGGAUGCAUUAUGCACUUUUUUUUUCUUUUUUUUUCUUUUUUACUUCUGUUUGUAAAAAUGUACUGUAUAUUUUAUGUGCUUCUGGUGAGAAAAAUAAACUUUUGUUUUGCCUUU